AUGAAAAAUUUUUCUGUUUGGUUUGCGCUAUGGUUGUGUUUUGGGUUACAUAUGGGUCUUGGGGAGAAAACUAAAUCAACAUCAACAUCAACAUCAACAUCAACUACUUCCAGUACUGACAAUGCGAGGGUGAAAUUAACGUUAGAUCCAAUUACGUUAGAUAAUGGAGCUGCGACUUCAGCCACCGAAAAGGCCUCAACCACAGUUCCGGUGAAAAUGGACACAGAAGAUUCAUACGAUAAGGAAUUAGUUAAGCUAGUUUUCAGAAUCAACGAUGAUGGGUAUUAUUAUAAUACCAAUAUGAGUAUGGGGAAUGAGGAAAUGGGUCUUCGAUUAGACUUAAUACAACCAGAAGUUUGGGUAAUGAAUAACAAAGAUUUCUAUGACUGCAGCUAUAUAGACGAGUGGUAUGCAUCGGAAGUAUCAGAAUACGGAUCUUCAAUGCCUGCCCUGGUAACUGACGCAUCACAAUAUGUUGCAACAGCUUGUGCACAACAAGGUGCUUAUUCUAUGGAAUCUGGAAGUUCAGGCUCUAUUGCAAGUCCAACAAAGUCGAAUGUCUAUAAUAACCAGCCCUAUUCAAUACCGUAUUUGAAUAGUAUUAAUGUUAGUGGAGUUUUUGCUACGGAUAAUUUCUCGUUUAUAAUUUCAGACAGCAAGAAGAUUUCUUUAAAAGACUUUACAUUUGUUAAUGCAGAUGAAGCGAACGUUUUAGUUGGGGGCUUGGGCUUAGCUGGAAAUCCCACUGGGUCAGGCUUUUUAGAUUCAUUGGUCGCAAAUGAUAUUAUUGGCUCAGUAGGUUACUCUCUUUGGUUCAAUAAUUAUUCAGAUUCAAAGAAUGCAGUAGCAGAAUUAAUUCCUGGUAUGGUUGAUAAUAAAUACUAUUCAGGUGAUUUUUUUGAGUUUGAUAUUCCAGACCAUGAAGCUUCACAAUAUUCAUUAGAAGACAGCACGUUGAUAGACAACUUAAAAUUACCAAUCUUGCCACUUUCGGAUGUAGAAGUGGAAAAUCAAAAUGAUCAUAAAACCCUUUCACUCAAGUCUGAUUCUCAGAAUUUUGCGGUUUUAUUAGAUUCUAGAACAGUAUUUAAUUAUUUGCCUUUGUACAUGAUUGUGAAUUUAGCAAUACAAACCAAUGCAUCAUAUAGCAGUGAAGUUAAUAGAUGGGUAGUGGAAUGUGAUCAGAUUUCAAAUUUGAAUGCUACUUUGAACUUCAAAUUUGGCGACUUACGUGUUAAGGUUCCAUUGGACGAUUUCUUGAUUAGUGCAAGCUACAAUAAUCGUAAUUUGACAUUUGCUACUGGGAAGAGAGCUUGUUAUUUGAGCUUCUUACCAAGUUCAGUAUCUGGUUUUACUGCAUUAGGUAUACCUUUUCUAAGGGCCAUAUAUUUAGCUGUUGACUAUGAAGGAGGGAAAAUUGCAGUGGCUAACUCAAAUCAUAAUCUUGACGUAAAAAUAGAAGAUUAUUCUAAUACCAAAAAAGUGGAACACUAUUCAACAUCAUUAGCACACUUAGAAUCUGAAACUAGUGGAUACUUAAGUAAUCAUACAAUUCAUAAUUCAAUUGCAUAUAUUGAAUCAGGUAAGAUCCCUUUUGCAACAAAAUACAAUAGCACAGAAAACUUCACGUUAACAUAUGUCCCGCUGAAUUUCACCAAAUUUGGAGAUCCAUCAAUUCCUGCAAUUUUGUCUGGAAUUAUAAUUAAAUCUGGUGACAUUUUUGUUACUGCAUCUGAUGGCUUGACUACAACGGAUAGUCAAAGCAGCAGUAAAGCAAAUUCUGCAAAUAGAAUUGAACCACCCGUCAUAUUUGAUAAAAAUUUAUCUAAUAAGUUAAUCUCCUUGGGUGUGGGGAUUUUUACCUGUAUCGUUUGUAUAAUAUUUUUAUGA